AUGAGCACUCUCGAGCAGAAAGUUAUCAUCGUCUCCAUUUUGAUGCUGCUGGUCUGUGCCACACAGGUGGAUUCGCUGCCCAUCCCAGACGAGUGGACCGGUUUAAUACGGAGGACGAAGAGAUCGUUGCUGUGGAGAUGGAACAGCAUGAAGCCUGUCGGUGCCAGCUGUAGAGAACAUCUGGAGUGUGGAACCAAAUAUUGCAGGAGAGGUAUCUGCUCUUUCUGGCUUUCAAGCUAA